AGUAGCUGUGAAGACAGGGUAGCAGGAAAUGACAGAAAACCUGAAUACGGAACUGAAGCAGCAGCUCAGAGUUUCUUGCUCUGAAGUGGCAGCAGCUAGAGAGGAGCCGAGUGUCUACUUGAGGAGCCGAGAGCUUAGAGCAAACGCUUGCACGGUUGAAGAUGUGGAAGUCUGUAGUAGGUCAUGAUGUAUCUGUUUCCGUGGAGACCCAGGGUGAUGAUUGGGACACAGACCCUGACUUUGUGAAUGACAUCUCUGAGAAGGAACAACGGUGGGGAGCCAAGACCAUCGAGGGCUCUGGACGCACAGAGCACAUCAACAUUCACCAGCUGAGGAACAAAGUGUCAGAGGAGCAUAAUGUUCUCAAGAAGAAGGAGAUGGAAUCAGGGCCCAAAGCAUCCCACGGCUACGGAGGUCGGUUUGGGGUGGAAAGAGACCGAAUGGACAAGAGUGCUGUGGGCCAUGAGUAUGUUGCUGAGGUGGAGAAGCACUCUUCUCAGACUGAUGCUGCCAGAGGCUUUGGGGGCAAAUACGGAGUUGAGAAGGACAGGGCAGACAAGUCAGCUGUUGGCUUUGAUUACAAAGGAGAAGUGGAAAAACACACAUCUCAGAAAGAUUACUCUCGUGGCUUCGGUGGCCGUUAUGGGAUAGAGGAGGACAAACGGGACAAGGCAGCUCUGGGAUAUGACUACAAGGGAGAGACAGAGAAACACGAAUCCCAAAGAGAUUAUGCCAAGGGAUUUGGUGGUCAGUAUGGCAUCCAAAAGGACCGAGUGGAUAAGAGUGCUGUUGGUUUCAAUGAAAUGGAGGCCCCAACCACAGCUUAUAAGAAGACAACACCCAUAGAGGCUGCUUCCAGUGGAGCCCGUGGGCUGAAGGCAAAAUUUGAAUCCAUGGCUGAGGAAAAGAGGAAGCAGGAGGAAGAGGAGAAGGCACAACAGAUAGCCAGGCAGCAACAGGAGAGAAAGGCCUUGGUAAAGAUGAGCCAGGAGGCUAAGCCACCAGUGGCCACUAUGGAAGAGCCGGUGGCGUCAGCCCCAUUGCCCAAGAAAAUCUCCUCAGAGGCCUGGCCUCCAGCAGGGAGCUGUCUGUCAUCAGAGUGUGGGCCUGUGAGAACCAGUAGGGAACAACCAGUGCCUACCCAGCCCCCAAGGCAGAAUCCCCCAGAGGACAAUGAGGAGCCCCCAGCUCUGCCCCCCAGGACUCCAGAAGGCUUCCAGAUGGAGGAAGAGCCAGUGUAUGAAGAAGCACCUGAGCCUGAGCCCGAGCCUGAACCCGAGCCUGAACCCGAGAAUGACUAUGAGGAUGUUGGGGAAAUGGACAGACAUGAGCCGGAUGAGGAACCAGAGGGCGACUAUGAAGAUGUGCUCGAGCCUGAGGAUCCCUCUUUUUCCUCCACUCUGGCUGGAUCAUCAGGCUGCCCGGCUGGGGCUGGGGCUGGGAUCUCAGCUGUAGCCCUGUAUGAUUACCAAGGAGAGGGAAGUGAUGAGAUUUCCUUUGAUCCAGAUGACAUCAUCACUGACAUUGAGAUGGUGGACGAGGGCUGGUGGCGGGGACGUUGCCAUGGCCACUUUGGACUCUUCCCUGCAAAUUAUGUCACGCUCCUCCAGUAACUGUGGCUGUCUGUCUUCUGCACUGUGACUUCCCUUGUCCCAAGUGGCUCUGCCUCCACCCACUUUCCAUUUCUGCUGCAAGUGUCUGACAGGAUGUCAUGAGUUGCCUGAAGCUCUAGACAGACUUCCCUCUCCCUCUCCAUUAGGGUUUGGGGCAGAGACAGCAUGAGGAAGGAGGUCUCCUUCCCCUCGGUGUCCUGUCUAUCCUGGAUACCCUAGAUGAUCUUAGGGAUGUUUAUCUUGUAUCCUGCCUCCUUCCCCAUGAAUCCCCCCUCUAACACCACCCCCCCAACUCUACCUUCCUUUGUUUGUGAACUCUGAGCUUCCUGGUUUGCUUACCUGGGAAGGUAUGUUUAUAUUUCCUGGUUGUGCUGUUUGCUUACUUUCCUUCUCUGCAGAAAUAUCUCUGAAUCUUCUCUCUGCUCAGUC